AUGACCUCGAUUCAGUUCCGUCCGCCCUACACCCAGGACGAGCUCGACCAGCUCUACCCCCAAGACCUCGAACUGCGACUUGUCCAGGUCCUUCUCCGUCAUGGCGAACGUGCUCCCGUGUCAGCCAGAUUUGGAAACGCAGGCUUGCCAGCAUACUGGCCCUACUGUAAUGCGGCGCAGCGGCUGCGCUCCGUCGCCAUGACCCCGCAAGACGUGUCACACUGGAACUCCCUGCAGUGGCGCAGACGACUCGAGCGCUUUGGCGAGGACGACGGGCCGGUCAUUGCGGCCGGGCCCAAGGGACAGGUCGAUGGUGUCUGUCAACUGGGCGAACUCACCGACGAAGGCCGCCAGACCACCUACACCCUCGGGACACGCCUGCGCACCCUAUACGUCGACCAGCUGCGCUUCAUGCCCUCCCUCAUCGCCAACGCCGACCUGAUCUACCUGCGCGCCACCCCGCUGCCCCGCGCCUUGGAGUCGGUGCAGCAGACCUUCUGGGGCAUGUACCCCCUAACGGCGCGCACGGCCGCCUUUCCCGCGCCGACCAUCGUGACGCGCACGCCGGCUGACGAGACCCUCUUCCCCAACGACGGCAACUGUCGCCGGUUCGCCCAGCUGAGCCGCGCCUUCGCCCAGCGCACGGCCGACCGGUGGAACGACUCGGACGACAUGAAGUACCUGACCAAGCUGAUCGGGAAGUGGAUGCCCGAGAGCAGCGACAAGAAGAUCGCGGUCGACUCGCAUCCCCGGCUCUCGGGCAUCAUGGACACCAUCAACUCGACCCUCGCGCACGGACCCGAGACCCGGCUGCCCAAGGAGUUCUACGACCCCCGCGCCCGCGAGAUCAUCGACCGCAUCGGCGUCGAGGAGUGGUUCUCGGGCUACAACGAGAACCGCGAGUAUCGCAUGUUGGGCAUAGGGAGCCUGAUCGGCGACGUCGUCGAGCGGAUGACCUCCAAGAUCGAGGGCGCCGGGCUCUCCAUCAACGAGAUCGGCGGGGAGAACGGACAGUUGGGCAUGGGUCGCGGCGGCGAGACGGGCAUCCGGUUCGCACUGAGUGGCUGCCACGACACGACGCUGGCGGGCGUCCUGACGAGCUUGGGCGCGUUUGGGGGAGAGAAGUGGCCGCCUUACACGAGUCACAUCGCGUUCGAGCUGUUCCGGGAGAAAGACCACGGAGAUGCAGCCAAGAAUCACGCGCCUGAUGCAGACUUCCUGACGCCCACGACGCCGGCAAGUACAGAGCCUAAGAACCAGACCCCGCGAGGCGGCGAGCAGCAGGCCGUGAAACCGGGCUUCUUCGCCUCUUUCCUGGGCCUGCGAUCCCCGACUUCAUCCCCAUCAUCGACCUCGUUAGCCAGUUCGUCGUCGAGCCCGCUCUCCACCCCGUCCGCGUCGCGCUCCUCGACCAUCUCCCCAUCCGUGCCGCCCAAGGACCUGAUCGCGCGGAAACCCCACGCGGAACUCUCCGAGCCCCAGCGCCGCCGCCUGGACGGCUACUACGUGCGGAUCCGCUACAACGACCGCGUGAUGACGGUCCCGGCCUGCGCCCAGCCCGGGAACAACUACCGCGGCGACGCGUCGCUGUGCACCUUCGAGGCCUUCAAGCGCGUCGCCGACGGCUACGUGCCCAAGAACUGGAAGGUCCAGUGUGGUCAGAACAUCGAGCCCGGCGGUAGCGGGAAGGGCAGUCUGGUCAGUGGACCGGGGCUGGAUCAGCCGGCCGAGUGGGCGGGCCGCAUUGAGGAAGGCUCCUGA